UAUGGGGAGGGGCUGAGUUAUACUUGGGAGGGGAUCACAAAUACCAGGGCACAGGUGAGCAGGAGCUACUGAACACUCUCUGCUUCUUUUUCGCCUACUCCUGUGUGGAUUAACUGCUGCUGCAGCACCUGCCUGAAAAUUCCAUGGCAGGAUCCUGUGAAAUCAGCAACCUCAUCUCCAAUUAUAUCAGUGCCAUGUACCAGCCAGAAGAGGUCCCACCAGACCCUGAUCUGCUAACCCACCUUGUUGAAGAUGACAACCUGUCUCUUGUUCUGAGCAAUACAAGCACGGCAACUGAGACAACAGGCAAACCAACAUGGUAUGGUGAGAUGCCUCAUUGCUGGAGCAGGUCUCAGGUGCUGGAGUGGAUCAGCUAUCAUGUGGAGAAGAACAAGUAUGACGCCAGUGCCAUAGAUUUCUCCUGCUGCAACAUGGAUGGCUACACCCUUUGCCAGUACACACGGGAUCAGCUGGGACUUAUCUUUGGGCCCCUUGGUGAUGAGCUGUAUGACCGCUUGCAUGAGAUUGCAUCUGUCCCAGAUGAACUUGGCUGGAUCAUGUCAGUGCUGAGGACUGAAGAUGUAUCACAGGAGGCCCUUCUGGAAUCCAGUCCUUUAGAAUUGGGGAACUCAUGCAGUCAAGACUAUCUGGAUGAGAUGAAGUUAGCAAGCCUUUUUUCACAGCCCGAUCUUGGCUACAUCUCUGGAGCCAUGUCACCAGACAGCUCUGCGUCUCUAGCAGGGACGAUGUCUCAGAGCCCUCAGUCUCAGGACUCCGGUGGAAGCGACCUAGAUCUUGAUCCCAUAGACAUAAAGCACUGCAGCUUUUCUGACGAAUAUAAGAAAGAAGAUCUCAAGAAAAGGAAAAGGGGACGACCAAGGAAGAUCAGUAAGGACAGCAGAGACUGCCUGGAGUCCAAAAAGAACAAACACUCACCAAGAGGGAUCCACCUGUGGGAAUUCAUCCGGGACAUCCUAAUUCAUCCGGAGCUGAAUGAGGGUUUGCUGAAGUGGGAAGACCGUCGAGAAGGCAUUUUCAAGUUCCUGAGAUCAGAGGCUGUAGCCCAGCUCUGGGGACAAAAGAAAAAAAAUAGUAGCAUGACCUAUGAGAAACUCAGCCGUGCCAUGAGGUAUUACUACAAACGGGAAAUUUUGGAACGUGUGGAUGGCCGGAGACUUGUGUACAAGUUUGGGAAAAACUCCAGUGGUUGGAAGGAGGAAGAGGUGCAAGACCAGAGCUAAAGAGCUACAAGAGCCUCACAUGGACUUGAACAUGGCCCACUCUUACUUGGAGGCCCAUCUUUGAGGACAAUGGAUUGUCACGGGCCCAGAACCAUUAAACUGCUAUCUUAAGCAGUGUGUUAAACUCUAGCCCUCCAUGGGGCAAAGUGUAUAUGCUGGCUCCCAGCUGGGAGUUCAAGAAAUUACAGCUGAUAUUUUGGCUCAAGUAGGUUAUUGUGAACCAUUAUUAUUUUGUUGCAAUUGGACUUCGGCAGCCGGCAACUCUGAAUUAGGAUUACAAUGCCUUUGGCUGUCUAAGACCGUGCACAAAGUUCAUUGAGGCAUAAGGAACAGGCUGUUCUUGGCUAUUCCUGGAAGGCCAUUCCCAAGACAUCAAAUAAUUUGCUGAUUGAAGGUGAACACUGUGGUCCACUAUGUGCGGGAAACUGGGACGCUGUUCUGACACUGUUCUACCACAACAUAAGAAUGCUGAUAAGCCUGAGAGCCACUUUGCAAAGCCAGGUGGACGUGUAGCUUCCCAUCCAGCCACUGACUGUACCAGUAAAUGUUCCUGUUUAACAGGCAGAAAAUUGGCAAUAGUAAAGCUGAGAUCAUUAUGGAUUUCACAUCAUUCCAGAGAGCAAGGCUCAAUAGCCACAGAUUUUACUCUUCUCCAGCUGAAGAACACUUUUCCCUAGAAAGUGCUGCAGCUUUCUCUAUGAAUAGCCUCUUCUUGCUCUUAAUUUAUAUGUUAUAUAUAUAUAUAUAUAUAUAUAAUGUACAUAGAUAUCUAUUUUUUUCAUAACUAAGUUCGUGUGAUUGCAUCAGGAAGCACUGGGCAUUUUCAAAAACUAAUGAUUGUUGUUGCUAAUAUUCAGCUGGGCUGAACAAAUAAAAAAGGAAAUCUUUAUUUUGAAAUCAGAAAGUGUUUGUAAGAUGUCUCCAGGAGAGCCCUGUGUGAUGUACAGGCCUCCUGCUUUUUAAUAAUAAU